AGACUUGGCGAGACCAAGCCGAUGACGACAGCGGGACGCACGCUGGCCCGCGGGGGGCUGAAUCAACGAAACCGAAGCGUGACGUCAUGCAGAGUGCGCCUCGGGAGAUUUCCCUGGAAACGGCCGCAACCUGGCUGGAGCCGGCAGCAUGUGGAUAGCCAGCAUCCUCACACUCACUUUCAUCAGUCAGGCUUUUGCACAAAAUAUAGCAGAAAUUACAAAAUCAAAGAAGUACAUUUUUGCAACUGUCUUUGACUCAAUUUUAUUAACUGGAAAUAUCAAAGAAGUUAAAAACAACCAAGUAAUCCAUUGGUCAUUCACUGACCGUUUACAAAAGUCAUUAAUGUUAUUUCAUUCUGUUGGUGCUGAUUCUCCAACUUUAUCUCUAUAUUAUGAACACCGUUGUACAUACUACAGCACCAAUGCAAGCUUGGAGCUGCGACACUUGGAGAUUACUGACAGUGGUAUUUAUCAACUCAGUGUGGAACGAUAUUAUGCAGGUUCACCAGACAAGUUAUUCAUUUACACUAUAUUCCUGAAUGUUGAAGAAGCCUUGUCCACACCCUUGAUUGUUCAAGACCCGGUCUACAUAACCAACAACGUUCAACUCACCUGCAUUGUGAGAAAAGGAAAUCCAAAGAAACUCUUAUGGCUGAAGGGGAAUAAGCCAAUUACAAACAGUUCACUGUAUAUCUUAGGAGAUAAGAACAGCACACUCAUUAUUUACAGUGCGGAAAAGGGACACUGUGGCUUUUACACGUGCAUAGCUGUUGACAGCACAAGUGAGCGGAAUAUUUCACACUUCCUCCUUAUUGAUGGUUUUCAAUUUCUGCAUAAAUGCAUCCUCAUUACUUCUGUCAUUGCCUUUGUCAGUACAUCAAUGUCUCUUGCUGGAACUGCCUUCAUCAUCUUCUUUGCCUUAGAGAAAUAUAAAGCUCAGAAAUAUCAUACACGACUUACCAUUGCUUUUAUUGUCAUUAAAACAAAGUCCUGUGUAUGUUUAAUGAUCUCUUCGAUAUAUUGUAUCUUGGAUACAGAUUUUUUAGUAGUGUGCAGAGUUAUCUCGGGGAUUGUCAUGUUUCUGCUGUUAGCAAUGACUGGCUACAUUGCUUUCCUCUACCUCAGUCCUUACAGGGAAGAAGUUAGUUCAUUUUUGGUCAUUAAACGUGAGCGUUACAUUAUACUUGGAUCUGGAAUAUUCAAUGUAAUAGUUUCACCUCUACCAAUUUAUGGAGCAACUGAAAAUAACAUGGACACUUUCAAGAAGAACAAGUCGACUUUGGUCAAAAUAAGAGCUUUGCCGGCUUCAGAAAUUUACACAGUUUCCAGUGCCUGCUACUGUGAUAUUUCCAGACAAACACUUCCAUCCGGUUCACAGGAGAAGAAAAUGCUGAAAGCGUUGAAAUGGGAGAGUGAAAGAUGGUGCUGACAACAACAGCAGUUAGUGCUGCAGGAUCUCAGUCAACUUCAGCUUUGGAAAUGAAGUUAAGAUUGUAAUUAGAUUCCAUGCACUGUCAUGCAAUCUUUCUCAAUGUUGAUUCCAGUUUAACUAAAUAAGAUUUUUCUCAGUUAGAUUAAAGUUUAAAGUUAUUGUCUUAAAAAAUAAAAGUAUACUAAACAGGAACUGAUAAGGAAAACCAAACACUAAGUGUUAGGGACAGUGUUUGCAUUUCAUAAAUAUAAUAUUGUUUGACUUUUAGUGAACUGCUAA